GGAAAUCACGACUUUUUAAACAGUCCGACCGUAGAGUCGGUGACGGCCUAUAAGAGCCAUUUUGGUGACGACUAUUUCACCUUUUGGGUCGACGGCUGUAUGUUUAUUGUAAUCAAUGUCCAGUUUUAUAAGGAUCAUAAAAAUGUGCUAGCUCUUUACGAUGAGCAAGAUAAAUGGAUUGCUACACAGCUCCUGGAGGUCCAAUCCGGCAAUUAUAAGCACGUGAUUGUCUUUCAACACAUCCCGUGGUUUCUAAAUGAUAUCAACGAACCAUAUAAAGGGUUUAACUUUGAGAACGUGACCAGACACAGGAUGGUGGAAAAAUUCCAAGCGGCCGGAGUGCGGGCCAUAUUCGCCGGUCAUUACCACCACAACGCCGGCGGCUUUUACAAAAACAUGGAGGUUAUAGUGACGUCGGCUAUCGGCGCCCAAUUGCCGCCAACAAAUGCCAACUCUGGCUACCGAGUGGUCACCGUUGAUGAGGAUAAAAUCAGUCACAAAUACGUGGACAUUAAAUGCAACCAACAACCGGUCUUUGAAGUCGAUCGGUUCAAACGUGCUGUAAAUAGAACUUAUUUGGGUUUUGAAAAAGAGAAAAACAUAGAAUGGAAAAAGUCGUACCACUUUAUACAGGGAGCGGACACACAGUUUGGUAUGAUUGAGACGUUUUUGCAAAACAAAACAGACGGCCAGUGGUGGGAAGAGAUAGCACUCACCCGACAGGCCAUCACUGAGUGGAAUGCUAUGCAACCGAAGCCCAAGUUUGUGGUCAUUUGCGGCGAUUUGGUCGACGACUUCCCGGGCAAAGAGCCCCGACGGGCCAAACAGAUCGCAGACUUUAAGCAAGUGUUUCAAGAGUUGGAUAAAGUUAUACCGCUUGUGUUGUUGGGUAUUAACGCUCUUGCUCGUCGUAAAGAGCUAGCACAU